AUGCAGGCGGACAAGGUCACCCAUGUGGAUCCUCGUGGGCCCAUUGCAGCUGUGGCGCUGGGAAUUUUCGUCAUCACCUACUCGGCCUGCAGUUCGCCGGCGAAAGUGGGUGCAGCCUUUCCUUGGACAGUCAAUCCAACAGGCUUGCUGAAUGACAUCACCACGUUGCUGGGCUUGUAUGCUGCCACCAUUCCAGCCAAGGAGCUGUUGAAUGUGGUCUUGAAAUAUGUGGGCGAUAACCUCAUCGGUUACACCAGGAUGGAUGAGGGUGAUCAGAAGGUGCCAAAACUGGAGGUUUUAGAGUUCCAUGAUCUUUGCUACCUGGCCGUGAACACCAUUGUCGAAUUCCUUGGCAUGAACCAUACUGCCGCCUUCCUCAUUGGCAACUCUGUGGGGUAUGACCCCAGGAGUUUCAACACGUUCAACGGUCCGUUGGCCUUCAUUGCAGUCUUCGUGCUGAAUGAUGUGAUCUACUAUCCUUUCCAUUUGGUGGCACAUAGGCGCAUCUUCUAUCCCUACUGCCAUAAGCAGCAUCAUCGACAGUUCGUGCCCUUCCGCGGCUAUGCGGAUGCUGCCAACCAGCAUCCACUGGAACAGAUGUAUGGUUUCGCCAUUUGGAUCGGCAGCCUAUGGAUGAUCUCGAAACUCCUGGGUUUGCAUGCAGCCACUGCUUGGUUGGGCACUUUGUCCUGGGCCGUCUUGAACAUCUGCAACCAUUUGCCCUUCGACACUCAGAUCCACCUGCCCCUGCCGUACCCUGCAUUGCCAAAGGAUCACAACACGCACCACCGUUUUCCAAACACCAACUUCGCCACCCUUAGCACAAUGACGGACCGUAUGUUCGGCACCUUCCGGCCGUACAAAGCAGCUGGCAAGAUCAGUGAGAGCAAGGAGGAGGAGGAGGUUCCCAUUCUCAAAGAGGCCGUGCCUUCGCAGUGGUCUGUCAUUAGUUUGGGCAUGCUCCUUUUCAUUUCUCUCAUGGCGGUCGAGGCGGUGCAGCUUGGCGGUGCAUUGCCCAAGACGGCUACUGCCGAGUUCACGCCCUCCGCGCUUCUUCUUUUGAUCCUGGGCUUCACUUGCUGGGCUUUGCGUCAAGACGAUGACCUCGAGUACACGCUUUUGAACAAGCGCGAGGUUUAUCAGAUCCCACCGGCCUCGUCCUCCACGGGACACAAGGCGGACGACUGGAAGAAAUGCAUUUGGCGAGGGCGGCUCAGGAUCGCUGGGAAGGGCAAAGAUCUCUCCAUUAAACUCCUUGAGGGCGGCGGGAACCUGUUCGCUCAAUGCGCCAUACCUGGUGGGGACUACAACAGUUACGUGGAAAGAGUGGUUGACUCGAGUAGAUAUUUUGUCCUGAAGAUCACCAAUGGCGACCGGAGCCGUCCGGAGAUCGCCAAGUUGUUGAGGGGUGGUGGCCGAUACAAGCACGACAUCAUUCCGGAUCUCGAGAAACACUUAGAGGACCAGUUGGAGCAAGACUUCUUCGACCCGGAGGCCAACUUGGCACUUCUGAAGUUGUACCUCCUGCAUCCUGCAAAAACAGAGGUCAGCAUCAUUGAAGGCGUUUUGCUGAAGGCGCUGAUGGCUUACCCAGCCACACACUUCUCCCUGUGUAUGUUCCAGAUCCCAGAGAAGUACCAUACGGAUCUGAAGACCGUGAUCAAGUUAUCGCAGCAGUUGGAGAUGGCCAAAUUCAAAUCCUUCUGGAAGGAGUCGGAGACCGCCGAGGCCCUAAAGCGUGCCAAGGGCUGGCAGGAGAAGGUCCGAGAUUUCAUUGCGGGAGUGAUCUCGAACAUGUAUCGGUCGAUUAGGAGUGAACAAGUCACAGAGCUUCUGAACCUCCCCGCCGAGGAGUUGGAUGCUCGCGUGAAAAAGAUGGGCUGGUCCAGAUCGAAGGAGGAACCCAACCUCAUCAUCGUGAACACCGCCACCUUCGAGAGCGCUAGGAUAGAGCCCAAGGGGCCGAAUCACAUGACGCUGGACAAGUACAAGAGCCUCUUCUUCGCUGCAUCUUCUGCGGCCUGCUGGUCGGUGCGCCAUAAGGCCUGUAACGACAGCGGCACCCCAGUGGAUCAAAAAGUUGCGGAGCGUUUGCACGCUUUUAUUGGUUUGGGCUUCGAGGAUCGCAACGACGCCUUUGACUUCAAUUGUACCUUAGCUGACUUCAAAUCCACCUGGAUCGACAGAGAGAAGGAGGCUGAGAUGCCGAUGCCUUCAUCGAUGCCCGCGAAGGACUUGUCGUUGAAGGAGGGUCAGACCAUCAAGAUCAACUUGCCAGGAGGCAAAAGCCGGCGAUCGCGAGAAGCUGAGGCGGGUGGCUAUGGUGGUGGCACUAUUCUGGCGCCGCCACCCAGCAGUGGCUCCAGAAGACAGGCUCCCGCCGUGCCGGCCGUGCCGGCGGCGGUGCCGGCGGCGGUGCCGGCCGGUGCCGGCCGUGCCGGCGUCUCGUCGAUGUCAUCGCCGGAGGCCGCCAAUGAUUUCUUCGGCGAUUUCAAUGACUUUCAGGCUGCACCAGGCGACACUGGAGGUCCGACAGGUCCGACAGGUCCCUCGAGAUCUCCACAGGCUGCGGCUCCGGAGAUCUUUGGAGGUCCAUCGAGAUCACAGGCCGCAACUCCAGGGGUGGAUAUCUUUGGAGGCCCAGUCGCACAGGCGAUGUCGCCUGCUCCGGCCAUGGACUUGUUUGGAGGCGGACCUUCCAGUUCGCCGCAGGUUAGCGCUUUAGCCAGCGAUCCCUUCGCAGGUCCUUUGGCAGGCAGCGCGCAAGGUCAAGGUGCGCCGGCGCAGGCUGCGCCUGCGGCACCCUGGCCGGGCGAUGCCGCAUAUGCCUUUGGAGGUUUCUCUUCAGCUCCCAAGCCAGCUGCGACGCCUGCGCCGGCGUCCAGCUUCUCGCCUGUGAGGCCUUCCCCGGCACGGGGGAAAGAUCCCUUCGAUGACCUUGAUAUCUUCAAGUGAAACAAGCUGCGGAAUUUGAGGUUGGUACAGCUUUUCGAAAAAUCCGCAACUGAGAGAAAUCUGUCUCACGGUUGACAGCGGUAACCGGGUGGAACUCGUCUGGCGUUAAAGGUGACCAC